UGAACUCUGACCUGUGACGCUGAGUAAGUUUGGGACUGGUCUGUUUUUAGCGGAGAGCCGAGCGGAGAGAAGCAGAGCGGAGAGAAAAGCAUGGAAAAGCGGCUGCGGCUCAGAUAAUCACAUGCUGCAGUCUAACCGCGCGCUGGAAGAUGUCUGAGCUGAGCGCGGCUCUCGGGAGAGAAGGCUGGUAUCUCACAGAGGAAGGGAUAGAAGAGUGCAAAAGCUCGGAGAAAGAGAAAGUGACCGUCACUGACAUCAUCAAUGUAGCAUUAAAUAGCGAUCUGAGGCCUAUUGGAAAGAGCUUUCUGCCUGCUGACAUCAACAGUGGCAGAGUAGAGAAGUUGGAGGGGCCAUGUGUCCUUCAAAUCCAGAGGAUUCGAAAUGUUUCCGCCCCAAAAGAAAAUGAAGACUCACAGGCUGCACCUCGAAUGCUCCGCCUCCAGAUGACUGAUGGGCAGACCAUGUGCACAGGGCUUGAAUUUAAACAUCUGUCAAAAAUCAGUUUGAACACCCCACCUGGAACCAAAGUAAAACUCCUGGGAACAGUGCAAAUGAAGAAUGGCCUCCUUCUGUUGGACGAUUCCAAGAUUGCAGUUCUUGGAGGAGAGGUGGACCACAUGAUUGAGAAAUGGGAGUUACAAAGGAGUCUGGCCAAGCACAGCAGGAGUAAUGUUGGUGCAGAAGGCGGACCACCUCCAUUUUUGCCCUUUGGACAGAAAUGUUUGCGCCAGGAAGAAGUGGACAGCAGGACUCUGGACCAGAGGAAGACCUUACAGAGCAGCAAUGCAGCCAAAACUGCAAGCGAAAAUGACGAAUUUGAGAAGCAGAGGAUUGCUGCCAUUGCUGAGAUUGCCAAGAGUAAAGAGAUGCGCACUUUCGGGGGUGGUGGAAAUGCAGGGAGCAACCUAACUAACCCAGGCUCUAGUUUCAAGAACCGGGACACGUACCAGAAAAGAAGAGAGGAGCGCGAAAAGACCUGGACAGAAAGUAAACCAGAGGGAGUGUAUCGAGAGCUGGUGGAUGAGCGGGCUUUGAGGGAUAUCAUGGAGAUGGGUUUUAAUAAAGAGGCAGCCAGGCAGGCUUUGCUGGACAACAACAAUAAUGUAGAGGUGGCUCUCAACGCCCUGCUUACUGGAGUCAGUCAACCAAAAUCUGCUCCUGUAGAGGCCAGUCGUCCCCCACCCAGAGGGAAGGGCAGAGGGCGAGGAAGAUCCAGGCAGGAUGAAGACGAUGAAGGAGGAGGAGGAAGACCUUCAGGACCUAGCACGCUCUUUGACUUUCUGGAGUCAAAAAUGGGAGCUUUCUCUAUUGAUGACUCAAAGAAACCGCCUCCACAGAAAACACAGGAUCACCCUGGUAGGAUGACCUUCCCAAAUCCUGAACGUAUCCCCCGAGACGCCCCCCAACCCAAGCAAACCAACCGCAAUGAUGGGAGGCCGCAGAGAAAUGACCGACCGCCUCGCUUCCAGAGGGAUGGAGACUUCCCCAAACCUGGUACCACAGAAACCACCCAGCCAGCUUCCUCACAGUCUCAACCCCAGAGAUGGAGGGAUGGAGAGAAAGGAGGGAGAGGUGGGUCAGAACGGUGGAAGGACGACAGACGAGAUGCUAAAGGCGGGCAGAUGAACAUUACCUCUUCAGGGAACUCGAGGUCAAAAGAGCAGCAACAGGGUUCCUCUGGAAACUUCUACCAAGGGUCAAAGGACUAUGGAGGGCCCAAGGGGUACCAGCAGGUAUCCCGGGAUAUGGGUCCAAGAGCUCAAGAGCAGGUAGGUGGAUCCGAUCCACUUCCAUUUAGGAAGAAUCAGGCAAAUGGGCCACUGGGUCCCAAAGCUUUGGACUGGAAUGUGACUGUCCCUGACUCUAAAGGCAGACCCGAACCGCACAGCAGAAGGAAAGGCAAGUCAGACAGACCCAACUCUGCCCACUUUGACCGGAAUCAGGAGCCAAUAGGCAACUUGAACUCUGCCUACGUUCCUGGAGGCAAAGACUCUACUUAUUUCCAAGAUGGAGGACAGGGUCAGUUUACUAAAGGAGGAGGCAAUUCAAACCUGUAUCUCCAGAAUGGUGAUUCAGAUCACAGACGGACUGGACUCAUCAAACCACAGUCUUCCGGUCCACCUCAUAAAAGCAGCAACUCUCACAACUCUGCUCCCAAGAAGAGGUCAGGGCCGAUCAAAGGUCAGAGAGGGCCAGAGAUGGGUGAACCUGCAGAGAUGAGUAGCCAAGGAUGCUGGAAACCUGGUGACCAGUGCCUCGCACUGUACUGGGAGGACAACAAGUUCUACCGGGCCACGAUUGACGCAGUCCAUCCCUCUGGAUCCACCGCUGUGGUUGUGUUCAGUGACUAUGGCAACUGUGAGGAAGUCCUGCUUCACAAUAUUAAACCUCUACACAUGGACAUGUGGGAUGAUGACGAUGUUUACUACGAGAAUUCUCUAGAAUUUCGACGAGGCGGAGACGGGCAGCCCAGACGCACUCGACCGACACAACAGUAUUAUCAGCCUCCCAGAGCAAGAGACUGAAAGACUGGCCCCUUCUGCUGAUGUUGAUGACUAACUAUCAGACCGGAUUCAAAGCUGAAGCUCAAGAUGAAAGUCAGCGUGCGCACUCUAGCCGAUGAUCAACUCUAAAACCUAUCUCUCUGCUCUCUCUGGAAUGGGGAAUGUACAAGGAGAAACCUUGAAAGGGCUUUGCUGCACAAGAUGCAUCGACCAUAUCCUAACACACAUUCAGACACACACACACAUACAAACAUACACAUACACACGUGUUAACGUGAAAAUGCAAAAGGCUGCUGUCCAUGGUGAUGAUUUGUACCAUACUUGGUAAUAAUGAUCAUAAAAACUCUGCACCAUUUUUUU